CACGAUCGCGCCCAGCGGAACGUAGCGCCACCUGUACAAGCGAGGUAAAUCUGUCACGCACGGACAAUGGCGGCUGUUAAACAGAACAUCGAGAAUUGGAAAAACAAGUUUGAUAAGCUGCUGCAUGAAAAGAAUGCAGUAAAUGAUGUAUUCGAAAAACUGGAAUCAAAAACAGGCGUGCAGAGGCUUUACAUUGCUCUCGGUUUCAUUGGAAUUGUGGCUCUGUAUUUGAUGGUGGGCUAUGGUGCUCAGUUCCUCUGCAAUUUCAUCGGUUUUCUUUAUCCUGCUUACGCAUCGGUAAAGGCCAUUGAAAGUAAACAGAAGGAUGAUGACACUAAAUGGCUGACUUACUGGGUAACCUACAGUGCAUUUAGCCUGGUGGAAUUCUUUGCAGAUAUUUUUCUCUUUUGGAUUCCAUUCUAUUGGCUGCUGAAGUGCGUUUUCCUUGUCUGGUGCUUUGCACCUACAGAGUGGAAUGGUUCCCAUGUGAUCUAUUACCGUUUCAUCCGUCCUUUCAUCUUACGUCAUCAAGACAAAAUAGAUAAGAAGCUUGAUGAAGCCAAGGGCAUCAUCAAAGAAGCUCAAGACCUGGCUGAGGAGACCAUUGCAGAGGAAGCCGUUCGCCAUGCAACCAAGAUGGACUGAAGGUAGAACCAUUUGGACUGGCCAAAGCUGACAGGCUAUGCCACAUGACUGUUAACACCUUAGAUCUGUUCUUUCUUGAUUGUUUAAACUUUCUUUAGGUCAUGUUGAUAUCUAAAUGUCUGUGCACAAAAAAUAGCAGCUCAACUUUCAACCAAAUUAUUUUAUAUAACAUUGUGCGUGUUCCAUGAACAGUGGCUUUUUGUGGUUUCCAGAAUAUUCAUUAAAUCACCCAGUUUUUUGAAAACAAACAAGAAUGAAAGAGUUAAGAAAGACCAAAGAGUGGAGAACUAACAAAAGAAAAUCUGAUUUCAGAGAGCUGUUAACAAAGCAAAUGUGGAUGUUACUCCUUUCCCUCCACCCCAUAUGUAUCCCCACCAACACAGCUGCACGCAUGCAUGUGUGUGUGCAUGUGCGUGCGCAUGUAUGAGUGUGCAUACUUGUGUGCAUGUGCCCACCUUUAUAUAUGUAUUAAUGAUUUUCUUUAGGCACCUAUAAUUUUUAUGAUGAAUAGAGGUGUUGAGAGUUAAGAAACUAUUUUGAUGUAAUAUUAAUAUUUAUAAUGCCUCUGUGAAAUUUCUUUAUUGCUUAUUUCGACAAUAUGCAUACAAAAUAAAAUGAUGUGGGAGAAUAUUGGUGUGUAAACUAAUACUAAAUGUAGUGCUUGACAGUUGGUGAUCCACUUUUCCUUCUGUGAUAGGCGGAACAUUGUUUAGGCCCCAGCUAUCUUUUACUCACUUGUGCUAUUGGUGGAGGGGCAUUCUUGAGCAUUUUCUACUUUAGAAUCUUCAUCUUGGAUGUUUCUUACUUCAUAUACAGCUUGUAAUGUACCUUUAUUUGGAGAUUUGCUUUCAAAUCAUGUUUAUUGGACACUUUCACUUUUAAUAGCAGUCUUUGUACAAAGAGCUUCUUGGUGUUUUUAGAUGUUUUCUUAAAGACAGAAAGUUGCUCAUUUAUUGUAACUAGAUAAAGUUAAGUGUAAAUGGUUAGUAGACAUUUUAGUACUGUUAAAAAAUUAACAGAUUUAAUAAAAAUAGAACUAAGAAUUCUCAAGUAAUUGUUCAGGUUAUAAAAUAAACUUUUUUAAGUUUUUAAUAUAACACUUCAGGUUUAUGUUUCCUGAAGAAGAUACAUCCAAGCACUCAGACAGUCUCGCCUCUAAUGAUGGUGCUUAAGAUUGGUCUUAAUGUCACUAAAGUUUUUCGUCUUAUUGAUAUGAAGUCUUAUCCUGUUGUUUGUAGUGACUCAAAGUUCAGAUUAAACUACCUCUUUGAACUUGCCUUCUGUUGCACAUAUAGAAAACUUAGCAGCUAUUUUAUGGUCAUUGCUCGCUGAAAGAAGAAAAGAGUUUCGUUUCAUCCAAGCCAUUUAUCUUCUAACUGCACAUUCCCUUGAUAACUCUACCUUCUCUUUAAUUUCAUUUCUUCAUUACUUUCUUGUCCACUGUGCUUCAGGAUAGCUCUGGUAUUGCUGUAUUUUUGUAUGUACUGUUUUUCCAGAAUGUGCAAUAUUCUUGAAGUUUUUUCUUUCUUGUGGGUUUUGGUUUUUUUUUUAAAAAUUAUUUAACUUGUUUUGUAAAUACUAAACAUAAUUACUUAACUGAAAUUCUCUUUAUCUACUUUCCUGAAAAUUGUUAAUCUGCUGAUAUGAUCUUUACGCUCUUUAAUGAAAGUGUAUUCAAAGUGUCUUAUUAGAAAGGGUUAGCUUGAGAUUGAGUUGUAGAUACAUACACAUUUAUAUAUAAAUUUGGACACUUCUGAUAUGUUAAAAGCAAUCAGAACUAUGCAUGAGAUAUCUCACUGUAAAUAUAAGCUGAUUUCCAGUGCAAGCAAUUUAAAACAUAAAAAAACAAUGGUUUUCUAAGUUAUGACUUACCAGAAUGAUGUAAUUCUAGUUAUGAAGGCAAUGUAAUCAGAUUCAGAGAGGUUUAUAUAAGACUAAGAGACUGCCUUUCCCAAACAGUUUAAAAGAUAAAACUUCAGAAAAAAUAUGUCGGCAAUUUUGAAAUCUGGAAAGAUGUUUGAAAUUUAUGUUAGUUCUAGUUGCAUGUAGCAUGAACCACAUUCAAAUAAAUCCUUCAUGAUCAGGCUUCUAAAGGUACUGUACUUCAGGCUUUUUGAGACUUCGUUUUUUUUUUAAAUAAUUUUUUUAUUAGUGUUAUAUAAUUUCAUUGGCUGUAUGUAGCAAUUUUUUUCCCAUGCAGUAAAAUAGGUUUCUGUUAGAUAAAAGAAAAACUACAUAUCAGUCAGUGUUAUUUAACUUUUAUGAAUACUUCUGUUCAUUAGAGAUGGCUCAGCUGUUAACUUUCUUUCACUCUAUAUUUUCCCCUUCUCACCCUCAUAUGAACCUGUAUUCAAAUUUCUUUAUGCUUUGUGUAACACAUAUCUGAAAUUGUUGCAGUUUAUGCAUGUCUUCUAGAUGUUUUGUAUUGAAAUUUGAUAUGUGUAACACAUUGCACUGGCUGUCAUUAAAGGAUUCCUUUUGAAAAAAA